GUCUCAUGAUAUACGAAUAUUUGACUGGUCGCUAGUCACUACGGCCAGCUGGAUUCUUGCUUCACAUCUCGGGAGCUUCGGUCGUGGCUCCCGAAAAAUGGGUGCCUGCUCGCAUAUCACUUGAGAGGGGCGGUUCCUUGGUCUCGGUGAGGACAAUAUAUUGCUCGGUCGUGUCACGCUCAAAUACCGUCCUUGGACUUCUGCUUUUUAACCGAGGUCUUCGCAUACAAAUUCGUGGAGACAGUAUUGAGCUGAAAAUUGCAGCUUACAUUCGUUCCUGUUCCCUUGAAUGGCAGACGAUUCUGAGAAACCAAGAUCAAGCCAGGAUGGCUCGAAGACAUCCUCACCAACAACCGGAGAAAAGGAGCCUGAAGGCAGCAUCAAGGACUACCUGCGGAUUUUUAGAUAUGCUGACAAGUACGAUUGGAUUCUCAACAGUGUCGCAAUCAGCUGCGCCAUCGCGUCUGGGGCUGCACUUCCUUUGAUGACCCUGAUCUUUGGCAGCUUCACCAACAAGUUCAAUGGCUAUAGCACAGGCAACGGAAGCCCUGAAUCGUUCAAAAACGAGGUCGACUCAUUUGUCCUUUGGUUCGUCUACCUCUUCGUUGGCAAAUUCGUUGUCACCUAUAUUGCGACCGCCGCCAUUACGACCUCAGCCAUACGAACCACUCGAAAUCUCCGGCGAGCAUUUCUGGCAUGUACUCUGCGACAAGAAGUCUGGCAUUUUGACAAACAAAGCAAUGGUGCAAUUGCCACACAGGUUACCACCAAUGGAAAUCGAAUACAGUCGGGCAUUGCCGAAAAGCUCGUCUUCACGAUCCAGGCACUUUCGAUGUUCUUUGCCGCGUUUGUGGUUGCUCUGACGGCUCAAUGGAAACUAGCUUUGAUCACAAUGUCCGUGAUUCCAGGCAUCUUCCUGGUCACCGGCAUCUGCAUAGCAAUUGACGCUGUUCAGGAAUCCAGAAUUACUCGGAUCUACUCCCGAGCUGCCGUCCUCGCGGAAGAAGUCUUGUCAUCUAUUCGGACAGUUCAUGCCUUCUAUGCACAGGAAAAGAUGGUUCAAAAAUAUGAUCUCUUCCUUCAACAAGCACACAGGGAAGGCAACAAGAAGUCACCCAACUAUGGCGUAUUAUUCUCCUUUCAAUACUUCUGUGUCUACUCGGCUAUUGCACUUUCCUUCUGGCAAGGUUUCCGCAUGUAUCAAAGCGGUGAGGUAUCGAACGUUGGAAACGUCUUUACAGUCGUCCUUUCAGUGACCAUAGCCGCGACUUCUAUUUCGUCACUAGCACCACAGAUUCAAUCAUUCACCAAUGCUGCCUCUGCCGCCUCCGAAUUAUUCACCAUAAUUGAUAAGCCAACACUACUAGACCCUUUGGAUCCGACUGGAAAACAACCGGCAAUUUGUCACGGACAAAUUGAGGUCCAAAAUUUGACUUUUGCGUACCCGUCGCGUCCAUCUGCCCAGGUAUUGCGGGAUUUCACCAUAUCCAUCCCGGCUGGCAAGACCACGGCUCUCGUGGGGUCGUCAGGAGCCGGCAAAAGCAGUCUUGUCGGACUCCUUGAACGAUGGUAUCUGCCAAACUCUGGAAAGAUAUUGCUCGAUGGCGUCGAACUGGCCGAAUACAAUGUCAAGUGGUUGAGAAAUCGGAUACGUCUUGUUCAACAGGAACCUGUUCUGUUUCGAGGCACAGUUUUCCAGAACAUUGCCAAUGGGUUCGUGGAUGAACAAAGGGCAUUGCCCCGAGAGAAACAAAUGGAGCUCGUUCGAGAAGCUUGCAAGGCCAGCAACGCAGACCUGUUCAUCAAUGAGCUCCCGCAAGGUUAUGACACCGAACUCGGCGAGCGAGCGGGAACCUUGAGUGGCGGCCAACGACAGCGGAUCGCCAUAGCUCGGAGUAUUGUAUCCAACCCAAAGAUACUCUUGCUUGACGAGGCCACAAGCGCACUCGAUCCGAAAGCGGAGAAAAUAGUUCAAGACGCUUUGAACCGAGUUUCGAAAAACCGGACGACUCUGGUGAUUGCACACAGAUUGGCGACGGUCAAAAGCGCAGAUAACAUUGCUGUCAUCUCCCAGGGAAGGAUCAUCGAACAAGGCACGCACCACGAGCUGAUCGAACGCAACGGACAUUAUGCUGCACUCGUCCGUGCACAGGACUUGGGGGGCGACGAGAAGGAAGAAAACGACAAGAUAUUCAACGAGAAGAAAACGCUCGAAGGCUCGGGAGAGAGAAUUGCCCUUCAGCGGACUCGCACUGAUGUCACGUCUCAGGCCGGAGAUCCCGAGAAGCAGAAUAAACCAGUUGGAACUCUAGGUUAUUCACUUUUGCGAUGCAUUCUUAUCAUGUUCUAUGAACAAAAGAAUCUGUACUGGUGCUUUCUGCUGUCGACAAUUGCUUGUUGCAUUGGAGGAGCAACUUUCCCCGGUCAGGCCCUUCUCUUCUCACGACUUUUGACCGUCUUCGAACUCACGGGUCAGAAAGCACGAGACCGAGCAGAUUUCUACGCUCUCAUGUUUUUCGUUGUUGCUCUGGGAAAUCUUGUGGCCUAUUUCACCAUAGGAUGGACGUGCAACAUCAUCGGACAAACAGUCACCCACCGCUACAGGUCUGAAAUGUUCCAGCAAGUUUUGCAUCAAGACAUUGACUUUUUUGACAUUCCGGAAAACUCUUCGGGGGCUCUGACAUCGAAACUGUCGGCAUUGCCCACUCAGCUGCAGGAGUUGAUCUCGGCAAAUAUUCUGCUUCUAUUCAUUGUUCUGGUCAAUGUUGUGUCGAGCAGUGCUCUUGCGCUGGCCUAUGGUUGGAAACUGGGCCUCGUGGUCGUCUUUGGUGCGCUUCCACCCCUGAUCUUGGCCGGCUACCUUCGCAUUCGGCUCGAAACCAAGCUGGAUGCCAAAAAUUCCGAGAAUUUCUCGGAAAGUGCUGGUCUGGCGAGCGAGGCGGUUACUUCGAUCCGGACGGUUGCAUCUCUGACCUUGGAAAGCCAUAUCCUCCAGGAGUACUCAAGGAUGCUGCGCAACGUUGUGCUGAGAUCGACAAAAGCCUUGGUGUGGACGAUGUUCUGGUUCUCGUUGUCGCAAUCUAUCGAGUUCCUGGCCAUGGCUCUUGGAUUCUGGUAUGGUAGUCGACUCCUAGCGUCAGGCGAGUACACCACGGCCCAAUUUUAUAUCAUAUUCGUGGGCGUCUUGUUCGCGGGCCAAGCUGCAGGUCAAUUCUUUGGAUACUCGACCAGCCUCACAAAAGCACAAGAAGGCGCCAAUUACAUCCUCUGGCUGCGGACUCUGAAGCCAACGAUUGCGGAAACCGAUCAAAAUAAGGACAAUGGACCCGAAGGUGAAGGCCCUAUUGAUCUCGAGGAAGUCGAGUUCCGCUAUCGACAACGAGAAACCGCUCGAGUGCUUCGAGGUAUAUCCAUGUCUAUCGCACCUGGGCAGUUCGUGGCUUUCAUAGGGGCUUCAGGAUGCGGAAAAAGCACGCUGGUAGCUUUGCUGGAAAGGUUCUACGAUCCAAUGACAGGGCGCAUCUGUCUGGCCCGUAAAAACAUUGCCGAGAUGUCACCACGCCUUUACCGGGCGCAUAUGUCGCUGGUGCAGCAGGAGCCGACACUUUACCAGGGCUCGGUCCGUGAGAAUGUCUCUUUGGGAUUGGACUUCGAGCCAUCAGAGGACGAGAUCAAGGAAGCCUGCCGUAAAGCCAAUGCCCUGGACUUUGUGAUUUCGCUACCGGAAGGGUUCGACACUCCGUGUGGAUCUCGUGGCAUGCAGUUCUCGGGCGGUCAAAGACAGAGGAUCGCAAUUGCCAGAGCAUUGAUUCGGAGCCCACAUUUACUGCUGCUGGAUGAAGCCACCUCGGCUUUGGAUACACAAUCGGAACGCCUGGUCCAGGCUGCCCUGGACGAGGCGGCCAUGACUCGAACGACGAUCGCAGUUGCGCAUCGACUGUCCACUAUUCGGAAUGCGGACGUCAUUUUCGUGAUCGCCAAUGGCAAGAUCGCAGAGAUGGGGACACAUUCUGAGCUGCAAAGAAUCAAGGGGAGAUACUAUGAAAUGUGCCUGGCACAGUCGCUGGAUCAGGCGUGAUAAGCGUCUCAACUCACCUGUACAAUUAGUAUUUACUGUGAACAUUCGACGUCCU